UGUCGACCCCUCGCUGUUUCCAACGCCGGGAGCAGCCAGGAGAAGGGGUUGCGAACUCGUCGAUCCGUGCUCGCUUCGCGUGGAUCCGAGCUUCGAACUUGCAGAUCCGCCGGCGGUGGGGCUCCGAUCCAUCCGACGUCCUUCCGCUCGCGAUUCGGGGAUCCGUAGCUUUUGACUUUGGAUUAGGGUUGUCGUCAUGGGUUCGAAAGAUGAGAAGCCCGUGGGUGGUGGGUUCUUCUCCGCGAUCACGUCGAGCGUUCGGAACUGGGGCAGCGCGAUGCAUAAAUCCGUAAAUGGGCUAUUGGGUUAUGAAGGACUUGAAGUUAUCAAUCCUGAUGGAGGCACUGAAGAUGCAGAGGCAGAAGCCCAACGUGGAAGGUGGAAGCAAGAGGAUCGAGAUGGUUAUUGGAAGAUGAUGCACAAAUAUAUAGGCUCAGAUGUGACAUCAAUGGUGACAUUGCCUGUUAUCAUUUUUGAGCCAAUGACAAUGAUUCAGAAAAUGGCUGAGUUAAUGGAGUAUUGCCACUUGUUAGAUCUGGCAGAUGAAUGUGAGGACCCCUACAUGCGGUUAGUUUAUGCUUCCUCUUGGGCAAUUUCUAUCUAUUUUGCCUAUCAACGAACAUGGAAACCUUUUAAUCCUAUCCUUGGAGAGACUUAUGAAAUGGCUAAUCAUGGUGGUCUGACAUUCAUUGCAGAGCAGGUUAGUCAUCAUCCACCAAUGAGUGCUGCACACGCAGAGAAUGAACAUUUUACUUAUGAUAUCACCUCAAAAUUGAAAACAAAAUUCUUAGGAAACUCGUUGGAAAUUUAUCCAGUUGGAAGGACAAGGGUGAAGCUAAAGAAAGAUGGUGUUAUCUUGGAUUUGGUGCCUCCUCACUCAAAGGUUAAUAACCUUAUAUUUGGGCGCACAUGGGUUGACUCACCUGGGGAGAUGAUUAUGACAAACUUGACAACUGGGGACAAAGUUGUGUUAUAUUUCCAACCAUGUGGUUGGUUUGGGGCUGGGCGGUACGAAGUGGAUGGAUAUGUAUAUAGUGCAGAAGAAGAACCUAAAAUAUUGAUGACAGGAAAAUGGAAUGAGUCAAUGAGUUGCCAGCCCUGUGAUCAAGAAGGAGAACCCUUGCCGGGCACUGAACUAAAAGAGGUAUGGAGAGUUGCUGCCACCCCAGAAAAGGACAAAUUCCAGUACACAUAUUUUGCACAUAAGAUAAACAGCUUUGACACAGCAUCUAAAAAGUUGUUGGCAUCAGACUCCCGAUUGCGGCCUGACAGAUAUGCCCUCGAGAAAGGUGAUAUGUCCAAGGCUGGUGCAGAAAAGAGCAGCUUGGAGGAGCGGCAGCGAGCAGAGAAAAGAAAUCGAGAGGCCCAGGGACAUCAAUUUACCCCAAGAUGGUUCAACAUGACAAGCGAAGUUACUCCUACACCUUGGGGUGAUAUAGAGGUAUACGAAUAUAAUGGUAGAUACACAGAACACCGGGCUAGAAUCGAUAGCUCCGGUUCCAUCGAUGAGACUGAUAUCAACACCGUUGAGUUCAACCCAUGGCAGUAUGGUGAUUUGUCUGCCCAAUAAGGAAUUUUCGCUUGGUACAAACAUUGAACGCUUUUAAGAAUGCAUUUGGACGGGUGGUGGUAUGAAAAUUAUUUCUAGUGUUUGUAUGGUGGAUAGCAAAACAUUUAUCUUUCCGUGGGGCCUUUGUGGAUGUCAUCAGUUUCAUAUGUUUUUGUAUUGCUUACUCCUAGAUGACUGAGCUCGUUUGCCUUUUAAUGUAAUGUUCCAUAAUACCUUGUUAUAACCAGGGAUCCUAAAUUCUUGAAGAUGCCA